AUGACGGAUCCAGAAAGGUUGAACAGGUGUUUGGAGAAUUACUUAAGGUGCAUGACAGGUCAUAAACCAAAGGGUUGGAACAAGUGGUUGUCUUUAGCUGAGUUCUGGUACCAUACUUCACUGAAAAUGUCUCCAUUUAAGGUGAUAUAUGGUUAUGACCCUCCUCAACUAUCUUUCGAAUUGAUUGCACAAUCCAGAGUUGAUGUUGUCGACCAACUAUUCAAGGAAAGGCAACUGAUGGCUAAGAUAUUGAAGGAGAAUCUUGCUAAAGCUCAUAACAUGAUGAAGACAUCUGUAGCUAUUAGGAAAAAUCUCAAGCUGGCAUCAAAGUUCUAUGAACCUUAUAAGAUUAUCAAAAAGAUUGGACCAGUGGCCUACAAAUUAGCAUUGCCUCCUACUGCAAGGAUACAUCCUGUUUUUCACAUAUCUCAGCUUAAGAAGAAGGUGGGUGAUCAAGUGAAUCCUACUAUAGACCCUCCCAUUUGUUCACCUGAUGGCCAACCCCUAGUGGAACCUGUGGCUAUAUUAGAAGGGAUGUACAUGACAAGAAUGAAGAAUCAUAAAGAAAGGAAACAAGGCUGCAACACAAGUGCUCGUGCAAUGGGCCGACUUACUGCUAGAAGAAGCUACCCGGGAAGAUUAUCAAUUCAUCGUCACAAUUUCCAGACUUUGCUGAUCCUUGAAGACAGGUGCCAUUUGAAGAAGAGUGGAUUGUCACAACUCACAAUUAAGUUUUAA